GAGAGGUCGAGCGCGUACCGAGCGACAGUUUGCCCUCCGUAUCACGGCGAGGAGGACGUGCGUCUGUCUGUUUCGUCGUUCGUCCGUUCUCUUUCUCUGUAUUUCGUCCUCGCCUUUUAUAUAUACACUUUUUGUCGUCUCGCGUUUAUUUCUCACAAAUCGUGUCACGUUUUUCUUAUCGAGUGCGCGAUCUUCUAGGUAACGUUGGUAUCUACGCAUUUUCUCGUCGAUCGUCGUCGGCAAUAUAUCCGUGUUUUUUUCGAAGUGUCAAAGUGAAAAAUUAUUGAGAGAAUAAGAUAGAGAAUAAAAAAAAAGGAGGAAGAAAUAAAAUAAAGCGAAGGAAGAGGGGGAAGAAGAGAGGACGAAGAAGUAGAAGGAAGGAGAAGGGGAGAAUCGUCGUAGUAGGUAAUAGCAAGGAGGACACGCACAAACGCAUCGUACGCACGCACGCAUAACAUAACAUAUAUAUAUAUAUAUACAUACAUACGUACAUACAUAUAUGCGUCUUCUUCGUGACUUUGAGAAGACGACGAAUAUCAUCAUCUCGGUUGAAGAAGCUCAAGGUUUUAUUGGUCGCGCGACGAGGAAUGCUCGCGCGCGAAUACGAGCGAGCGUGCGUCUCGACUCCGAAAGAAAAAGUGAUAGAAGAAGAGAAGGAGGAGGAAGAAGAGGAAGAAGAAGAGAGGAGGAAAAAGGAGCAACAGCAACAAGAGCAACAAGAACAACAGCAACAACAGGAACAAGAGCUAGAGCAACAUCAACUGCUGCAGCAUCAGCCGGUGGUAGGAGUUGUAGAUAGACAGAAGCGAGGCGUCGCGACGCGAUGAUCACAUCGGCCGUCGGCGUCGCGACGCGCGAUACUAUGGAGAGGUGGUGUGCCAUGCUCGCCAGAACGACGUCGACGACGACAACAACAGCAGCAGCAGCAGCAGCAACGACGACGACGACGACACCAACGACGACGACGACGACGACGAUACCGACGACGAUGACGAUGACGACAGCAACGGCAACGACGACGACGGGGACAACGACAAUGACGACAAUGACGACGACGAGAACGAGAAGGAUUGCACGCCGCGACGAAUCCUUUAUAUCUUCAUCUUCCUCGUGUUACGACGAUGAUAAUAAUGAUCAACGAUUUCUUCGAGACGCUUCGAAGAUGACGAGUUAUGUGUACGAGAUCAUUAGUGAAACUCCAUUCGUGAAGGUGGAUAAUAAUACUACUACUACUACUACUGCUACUACUAUUACUACUACUACUACUACUACUAGUACUACUACUAUUACUGCUACUACUACUACUACUACUACUAAUGCUAAUGCUAAUGCCAAUGCUAAUGCUAAUGCUAUUACUUCGAUUGGCUUGGAUGAGAACAGUGACGUCAUCGAACACAUCGCACCUGUCAUUCCGAAGAGUUCACGAAAGGAGGAAUCUCCCCAACGACAUCACCGAAGCGUUCGACCCUACUCAUCGAGGAUCGAGCGACCAGUGCUAAAACGAGGUCUGCAUACGUGGCUCGGACAAGCAUGCACCAAGAUUUACGGACGGAACAGUAGCGGGAAGAACGGAUUACGUUUGCUUUUAUUGGCCUGCCUGAUCGUAAUGAGCAGCGCUGGAUUUUGUCCCAACGGUUGCACUUGCGACGACGAUACCCUCGUCGUGUCGUGCGUGGGUGCCAGCUUGGAGGUUAUACCGAUCGCUCUUAAUCCGAGCAUACAACGAUUGGUAUUGAAAGAGAAUCGAAUAAAGACGGUCGAGGCCGCUGUAUUUCAAUUUUACGGCGACCUCAAGAACGUCGACCUUUCGAGCAAUCAUCUGUUCAACAUUCCAGACGGUAGCUUCGAGGCGCAGAAACAAGUGGUGGAGUUGCAUUUGAAGCACAACAAGAUCUCGGCGCUGACGGAGAAGACGUUUCAAGGCUUAAAAUCUUUGACGGUGCUGAAUUUGCGCGACAAUUACUUGGAAAGCCUUAAGAACGGGCUCUUCGCGUCUCUACAAAAGUUGGAGGAACUCGAUCUCGGUCAGAAUCGAAUCUCCAAGGUGGAGCCCAACGCCUUUCAGAAGCUCGGCACCCUGAGAGUCCUGUAUCUCGACGACAAUCAACUGAGAACGAUACCGUCGCCCGCGCUGGCGCCAUUGAACGCCCUUGCCGAGCUUCACAUAGGUUGGAACGCGUUUUCGACGUUGCCGGACGACGCUUUCAAAGGGCUCGAACAACUGACCAUUCUGGACGUUAUGGGCGCCGGUCUGGACAACAUCAGCGACGGCGCCUUCCGAGGUCUCAACGCUUUACGUACUCUGAAACUUGGCGGGAACAAGUUGCGCGAAGUACCGACAAAGCAACUCGCGGUGCUACCACGGCUCGAGGAACUCACCCUCGGUCAGAACUUCUUUACCAUUCUGAGAUCGGGAGCCUUUCAGGGUCUCUCGAAACUCAAGAAGCUCGACAUCUCCGGCUCGAAGCUCUUGACCACCGUGGAACGCGGUGCCUUUUCGGACAAUGCCAACUUGGAGAGUCUCGUGUUGAACAGCAACAAGCGUUUAGCCACGAUGGAGGACGGUUCCUUGGCGGGCUUGCCGAAUCUGCGACACCUCAUGUUACGGGAUAACGCGUUCACGAGCUUUUCCGAGUCCCUGGUCGCUUGGAACGAGCUACGUAGAUUGGAUCUGAGCGAGAACCCGAUCGUAUGCGACUGCAGUCUGAUGUGGUUGGCCGAGGUGCUCGUGCCGCGAAACUCCAGUCCGGUGAUAUGCGCCGAGCCGGCGGAAUCCAAAGGGAAAUCGAUCAAGGGUAUGACGCCGGACGAGCUGGGUUGCGCCUUCUCGGAUCCUCGUAAGCAGGCCCUCCUGGCGACUCUGUGCGCGGGUGGCCUCGCCCUCUUUACGGGCCUAGCACUGAUACUCUAUUACAGAUGUCGAAGGCGCGUCAGGGACGCUUUGAAGGAUUACAAGUGGAAGAAUCGCGGUAUUUCGAGGAAGGAGCACGAGUACCAAAAGACCUUCUCCGACGACGAGUACAUCGUCAGAUCGGCCCACGCUCAUCAUCAUCAUCAUCAUCACCAAACGCAGAAUCAACCUAUACCGCCUCACCAUCAUCAUCAUCAUCUGCAGCAGCAACAACAACAGCAGCACCAGCUGCAACAGCAGCAGCAGCAGCAGCAGCAACAGCACGGGCAGAUGACGGUGGGGAUGAAGCCGAUACCCGUGACGGAACUGUAG